AUGAACGGUUCAUACGGUAAUACAAAUUUUAUUGUACGUCUUCGUGGUUUACCAUGGAAUACAACACAAACUGAAGUACAAAAUUUUCUUCAAGGUUGUAAAAUUCGUCAAACAAAUUUUGUAACUAAUGACCAAGGUCGAGUUACUGGAGAAUGUUUUGUUGUAUUAGAAUCAAAUGAAGAUGUUGAUCUUGCAAAAAGUUUUCAUCAAAAAAAUAUUGGUAGUCGAUAUAUUGAAGUAUUUGAAUCUAAUGCCGAUGAAAUGGCUCAAAUGACUAAGAAUAAUAAUAAUUCAAAUACUCAGCAAAAUAAUGAAAAUAAUUCUUCAAAUACAAAUAAUGAAAAUUGGCGUGAACCAGUUGUUCGUUUACGUGGUUUACCAUAUAAUUCAAGCAAAGAAGAUGUCACACGUUUUUUUGACGGACUCGACAUAGCUCAGAAUGGUGUACACAUCUCCUCCAGCAAACCGGCAGGCGAGGCUUUCGUCGCUUUUAUGAACAUGGACAAUGCCCUACGAGCUUUGGAAUUCAACCGCAUGAAUAUGGGGCAUCGCUAUAUCGAAGUAUUCAAAUCGACAUAUGCUGAAGCUCGUGCCUCAAUCAUGAAUGAUACACAAUCAAUGGCACGACAACGUGGUAGUGGACCUAAUCAAAAUUUUGGAUAUCAACGACAAGGAAGUUUUGGUGGUUAUAGUGGUAAUAUGAGUGGAGGUGGUAGUGGCAGUGGUAAUAAUAAUAGUGGAUAUAAUAACAAUAUGAAUCAAUAUGAUGAUCCAUCAUCAAAUAAUUACAGUUAUGGUGAAAGCGGAAAUACUGGUAAUAAUUAUCCGAUGAAUAAUCAAAUGGGUGGUAAUAGUGGAGGUGGUAGUGGCAGUGGAGUGAAACGUCCAAUGUCUGUAUCAUUUACAAUGAAAAUACGUGGUGUACCAUUUGAAGCUGGUGAAAAAGAAGUUUUUGAAUUCUUCAGUCCUGUUGUACCUAUUCGACUUGAACAAGAAAAUACUCCACGUGGUAAACCACCAAUAUGGUAUGCUGAAUUUGGUUCACGUGAAGAAGCAACUGAAGCAUUGACAUAUCAUAAAAAAUAUAUGGGAACACGAUAUAUUGAAUUAUUACCAUUAUAUGAUGAUGGCAAUCGAUCAAAAAUGGUUCGCACUUGA